GGUCUUAAGACGGGUGAACGGGCAUUUUGUAUUAUAUUUUUGUUGUCGACGGUAGUAGCCGGUGGUGGCUCGCUAAAGAGCCGGCAUUUUAAGCGAGCACAUGUCGUCUUGUCUUACGGCCCUCCUAUACUACUGGCACUGCAGGCCAGUGCACGCGCAAAACGCUGAGUGCGAGAGGGACGCGAAACAUCACGUGUGAUUACCACAACUAUAACAAAUUAUAGCUCACUAAAAUAUUGAGCACAAAAAAAAUCUGGUAAUUUUGAUCCUAGUAACGACGCUCGGCAUUCAUAUUUUAACCGCACGGUCAAGAGCACGGCUCUGCAUUUUUUUCGCCGGUAUUUAUAAAUGUUUACUUUGAGGGAGCACGUGAAUUUUUUGAAUAAUUUUGGCUGUAAAGCCUUGGACUGUUGCCUUUUGGACGUGUUGUGACAUUAGUGUUACCUGUAUUAUGUGAUAUAUUUUUAGUGACAUUUAGAUAGGAACAAACUGUGAUUUAUUUACAUAUAAUGGUGAUAUAGUUGAUGACUGUGAAGAUUUUUUGGAAAGUGUAAGCAAACAAAAACGGAGGAUCUCGGAAAAAUUCCAUGACAUUUAGCAAGAUAUUAAGACGUAAAAAUAAUUUAUGAGGGAGGUAGUGCCAAAUAAUCACUAGAUAACAAUUAUUAUAUUUAGAUAGAAAUUUUAAAACAAUCAAGAUGAUGGAAGGCAGGACAAUCGAUUACCGGCCGGACGGUGGCGGCUUAGAUUACCACAACUCGCCGCUAAUGGCGGAAAUACCUUUAGACAAUUACUCUCACAUACACAGAAGCAUAGAGCACUUAAGGUCUAUGGGUGUUUCGAGUCUCGACCCUCAUAGACAUAUAACAACAAAUCUAGCAGACCUUAGAAGAUACGAACAUCCCGAUGAAAUGCCAGAGAUCAAACCGUCCGUUUUAAGAUUAUCAGAAUUCAAAAGUGGACUACACGAAAUACGAGUCAGUAAUGAUCAGGAGAAUGAAGUACAAAGGCAGAUGACACCCCACGACGAUGGACCCAAAGGAUACAGCGCUCCUUCGACGCCAUUGUCGGAAAACGGCGGGCAGUCAGUGCAGGAGGAAAAGGUGUUCGGGUCCAAAGCUGAUCUGCAGCUGCAUACUCAAAUCCACCUGCGUGAAGCGAAGCCUUACCGCUGCACUCAGUGUCCGAAAGCGUUCGCCAACUCGUCCUACCUUGCCCAGCAUUCCCGCAUCCACCUCGGGAUCAAGCCGUACAGGUGUGAGAUCUGCCAGCGCAAGUUUACCCAACUGUCACAUCUCCAGCAGCACAUCAGAACUCAUACUGGCGACAAACCUUACCGCUGCACGCAAAUUGGUUGCACUAAGGCAUUCUCCCAAUUGUCCAAUCUGCAAAGCCACAGUCGCUGUCAUCAAACAGACAAGCCCUUUAAGUGCAACUCUUGUUACAAAUGUUUUACUCACGAGAAGGAUCUGCUGGAACACAUCCCGAAACACAAAGAGUCAAAGCAUUUAAAAACUCACAUUUGUCAAUAUUGUGGCAAAAGUUAUACGCAAGAGACGUAUCUUAGUAAGCAUAUGAAUAAGCACGCGGAACGAGCUGAUAAACGGCCUCCAAUAUCAGCGUUAGGAUUGAGUGGUUUGAAUAGAUCUUUGGCCGCCGCAGCGCCGACGGCUGCACCAUUUGGAGAUCACCCGUACUGGCCGAAAGUGAGUCCCGAUUCAGCGGCUCACAUGUCGGAUGACGCUGCCUAUCACCAACAACGAGAGAACGAUGACCACCACGAGCAGCAGUUGCAGCAACAGAGGGCUUUAUUCGCUCAGCACGAAGCUCAAGAUGAUCGCAUCCAACCACCUGUUUCUUCAGCCGCGAACUCUGCGUUCACCCCGAUCAAUUCCAUGGCACCCCAUCUCAACGGUCUCUCUCAUCACAGCGCGCUACCGACAAGACCUUACCUCUACGACCCGUUGCAUUUUCAACAAGGGAAACAGCAGCCAAAUUCUUUCCCCAAUCAGCUGAUAUCUCUUCAUCAGAUAAGAAAUUAUGCUCACCAGCCUUCCGCGCUACUGCCGGCCGAGCACAUCCUUCCUCAUGCUCUACCCCACAAAGAUAAGCAGUAAUAUUUACCGAUCACACUAGGUACAUUUACUUAAGUACUUACGAUGGUAUUAUUAGUAUAUAAAGUAACGAAAUAUAAAUUAAAGUGUUUAGAAUCUUGCUCUUGAGGACAGUUGUAUUAAUGUAUCAAAUAAUAAAUUGAUUUUAACUUUAGUAAAACGAAUUCACUUUUAAGACUUAUUCGUAUAUGGAUACUCUGAAAUUUUGUGAGUAGAUCGUUCUGGUUAUUCGAAGUGAUUUCAAACAUCAGCAUUUUGCAGACCAAAGAUUAGUUGUCAUUUAAGCAGAAAAGCAAUGUGUGCGAGCCACAAUUUUGAAUCAGAACUAGAUUCUUUAUUGACGCUGCUUUUACGAAAACUAAUCUUAUGACCAUUUCUUCGACCACUUUGUUGUCAAUAGUUUAUAAUAAGGCUGCGUCAGAAAUAUCUUUUAUUUAUAUAUUUAUCAAGGAUUUUUUUUUUCAAAAUCAAUAUUUUGUGCAGACAAUAGACCUUCGCCGACACUUCACGAUAUUUUACAUUUCAAUAAAUUAAAUUUAGUUUAUAUCUUAUAUAUUUGUAUUUGCCAAAAGCUACAAAAUACCUAAGCACUUUACCGCCUUGGGGCUAGCGUCCCUUUCAAAGAACAGAACGAAACGCUCUUCAAAAUUGAACUCCCCUCCCCAAAAAGGGUGCUGGCUUCGCCCAAACAAAUCGACCACUGGUAAGAGAAGAUAGACCAGAGAAGACGAGCCGAAGAAACUCUUCCAGUGUUGGCCACGUACUAUUUGCACAAGAUAAUGUUAAUUAUAUUUAUUAUAUACUAGCGACCCGCCCGGCUGCGCACGGGUGCAAUGCUGAUACUAAAUACAGUGCAGAAAAUCUGUCGCGAUUUAUUUUAUUUUUACAACAAUGUUUAUAUACAUAUAUAAUUUUUCCUAGCUCGAGCAAAGUUUAAUAAUUUGUUUUGCACACAAACGUUUAUAAUUGAGCAGUUGGGUUAUUUCUUUUGUACCAAAAAAAAUUAAUGAGAAAUGUCCUAAAACCCCUCAUAUAUAAUUCGAAACAAACACAUUUACACUCCUGCAGUACCAGUGAUAAUCUGCUCCAUAUGCACGUUUAAAAUUAUUAAAAUUUAGUUACUUAUAGAAAUUUUAUAUAUGUGCCGUGUGGUUCCCGGCAGCACUAUAAAAAAGAAUAGGAACACUCCAUCUCAUUUCCCGUGGAUGUCGUAAGACGCGACUUAGGGAUAGGCUUUUAAACUUGGGAUUCUUGUUUAGACGAUGGGCUAGCAACCUGUCACUAGAUAUUUGAAUCUCAAUUCUAUCAUAAAGCCAAACAGCUGAACGUGGCCUGUUAGUCUCUUCAGGACUGUUGGCCCUAUACACCCCGCAAGGGAUAUAGACGUGACUAUAUGUAUGUAUGCAUAGAUAAUUUGUUUAAUUAUCACAAAGAACCGAUUUGAUUGAGACUGCCUAUAUCCAGUGUAUUACUUUCUUUAAAGUGAAAUGUUCCUGAUAUACAAAGUGUUUUAUCAUAGCGAUACCCCGUGGUAUUAUAUAUAUAUGUGUAAAGUAUAUUACAUAUAUAAUAUGUCAUCAUAUUUCUUUCCGAUGCAUUUUUAACGUGUAAGAAUGUACCUAUACGUAUAUAGAUCUCUCUACACCGCUGCACUCAGUUCCUAAUUAGGUCAUACAUUUUUAUUUUUUAGCUUUAUUUCUCACAGGCAUUAGCUAUCUCAUAUUAUGAUGUCUAGAAAAUGUGUUUCUCCUUUCACACUUGAUAUCUACUUAAAGAAAAUGUGAAACAUAUUUUCUAUAUUAUAUUUAAAUUAUAUUUUGUAAAGAUUAUUGAGUGGCCAAAUCGCUUUUUAUGUUUUGAUGGGUACGUUAAUGGCACUCACCGUGUAAAUAAUUUGUAAAUAUGGUACAUUUUCGAUUAACUUUGAUUUUUAUUAAUAUUUUUUUGUUUAAGUCUAAAUUACAUAUAUAUGCUCAAUUAAAUUAGCAGUUAGAACAGUUUCGGUAGCUGCUAUAUCAUUUUUUGUAAUUAAGAAAUUCCGAUUGUUCCAUUUUUUUAGUGAAAAAUUGUACAUCGAUUUAAUUUUAGAAUAUUUUUUCAAGUAUACGAAAAUUGUUGUUUUUUUUUGUUUUAUAGAAGAACAGUGUAGUUUUAAAAAAUGUGAUAGGGGUGGAUUGUGGAUAGUGACAUAUUUUUGGAGGAAAUUCUUUCUUCUGUCGAACAAUUAAGGUUUAAAUUGUUAGGUUGUGGUUAUCUCGAGCGGAAUUAGCACCGCGGGAGUUACGAACAAAGUAAGUUGAAUUUGGAACGGGUUCGAAUGAUUUUUGAGAAUAAUUUGUUUUUAUCAAAAUCUUUUGUCAUCAGAACGUUUAAUCACGUUUGAUCACAUCAGAAGAAUUUUUUUAUCAGAACCGUUGCCUUUUUUAUGAUAACAGUAAACUUAAGCGAAAUUGUUUUGCUGUUCUAUUGAGCUGUAUUUUAUUCACAUCAUGUACUUUAAAAAAUGUGCUAAGUACUUAAUACUGAAGAUAUAAUAACUCUUAAACUAUAAGGGUCUGCGUUGGCAAGGAAUCUUUGAAAAGGAUAUUUUUUUUGUUAAACAUGAUACAAUCGAAGCAAGAUUCAUCUUAGCUAGAUCACGAAGCCCUAAAAUGGCAAGAUGGGCGCACCGGACUUUUCCAGGUCAAACAGAUCUUAGGCAGACUCCAGGUCUCCUCCAAGAAGACAUGUCAAGGAAAAUAACGGUGAUUGUAUUACGUUUUUAAUUUAUAUUUAUAAAAAACCCCUUCAAAGAAUCCUCGCAUUCGCGACCUUUAGUAAUGUCAAAAUGCUGUUUCCUUUUUUUUGUGUACAAAACGUUCUUUGUUAUUAUGUACUUAUGGCAAUAAAAUAAAUUCUUCCGAAUUGUUAUAAUAUGAUUGUAAAGGUGCACUUUUUAAUGUAUAGUAUUAUAAUAUGAUAACAUGACAAUGACGCCAAUGCCCAAAAAUUUUUGGAAUUAUCAUUGGAUUUUAGAGAAAUCGCCAAUAUCUCUCUAUUUUAAGUAGAAAUGUGAUAUUGUACUUGAUUUUUUUUAAGUGUAAACUUAUUAUGAUUAAAUAAAUAUUUUGUAAGUAUGUAAUUUCGUUUAGUUUCGCCUAAUUUACCCAUUGUUUGAUUAAGUUU